CGGCCCCGCCGCGGGUUGUGCGCCUGCUCGGCGGCCGCGGCCGAGGCGCCCGGGAAUGGCGGCGGUUUUGGAGCUGCUGCUGAGCGAGGAGCUGCCGCUGGGCGCCGUGCUGCGAUGGCUGCGGCGCGACCCGGGGCAGCGCCCGGCAGAGGAGAACCACAUCCACGACAAGCUGGUAUCACUCAGUUUGCUUCAGAAAGAUUUUGUGCCUUUUCUGCUGAAUUUCUUAAGAGAGCAGACCAGCCAGAUACUGACUAAUGGACCCUCCACUCCUGCUAAAACUCCCAAUUCCAAGGCCCACAGGAGCCAAAGGACGGGACCAGAAAGGAGAGCAGGCCAUGCAACUAGCAGCCGAGUGCAGCUCUUUUCCCAAAGGACUUCAGUGACCUCCUGUGCCACAGACACCAGCUUUUCUCCUGCUGCUGCAUCCAGCAGCUCCUCUUCCUUUUCUGAGUCAAACCUGUCGAGCCCUUGCAGUGACUUCCCCAGCUUGGUGUCCAGUAGCAGCCCGAGCUUUGGGUACAGCCCUGUGCUCACCCACAGUGAGAAGCGCUCGGCUCAGAAGGCCAACCUGGGGAGCUUCCUCACUGCUGCACCAGAGGCCUUGCCAGCAAGGCGGGGCAGGAGAAAGGGCGGCAGCUCUGUCAGUGCCUCUGGCCGGCAGGUUGCUCGGGAUCUGGGGCGGUCUGUGGCCGAAGAGGAAGAUGGAAAGAGUGAAAGUGCAUCGUGGAGUGGAGGGAGAAGGAAGCGGAUUGAAGUGCCUCUUGUUACUGCUAGAUCCCCUCCCAGCCAGCUAAACCUUAACAACCUAGAGGAGUUCCCACCCAUGGGUACUGCCUCUGGCUGGACAAACAAAAGCAAGCCAUCAAGGCGCAUCAACCCAACUCCUGUGAGUGCUGAACGCCCUCUUUCAAAGCCAAAGAUGUGCUUCACUUCAACGCCUGUCAGCCAGCCUCCAGCUGCUCGAUUUUCGGCUGGGUCAAGCCCUGAGGCCUUUAACAUUGUACAGGAGGGAAACCCAACUUCUGUGUUAAGCAGCAGCCUUCAAGAGGAGAGGGAGAUGCUGAAGAAAGAACGAUGCAAGUUGCUGCACCAGGCAUCUUCUGCAGGGAUAUCUCCUGAUCCUGGGACUCCUACUAAGCCCGCUUACACCCGCAGUGCUAGCCUUCCUGCUGAAAGCCAUCUGGUGACCUGCGCAGAUCCUGCAAAGGUUUCCUGCAAGAAACAGUUGGAGUGUCUGGCACAGCUCUACUCAUCAUGUAUAGCAGAAAACCUGGUACCAAAUAUUUUCCUGGAGCUUUUUUUUGUUCUGCAACUGUUAACAUCUAAAGGAACUUCUGCUUCAGAGGAAGAAGAGAGUGACCUUGAAGUCAAUGAAGGAAGUAAAGAUGCAUCAGGGAGACAGCACUUCCGAAGCGUGCACAAUUGCGUUUACUUCGCUGUUCAAGUCUUGGAUUAUCAAUAUGAAAUUAUUUCCCAUUUAGAAAAGGGGACUCUGAAGUUCUUGGCUGAAAAUGAACGGAUUGCAUGUUUUUCUCCCACCCUGCACGAGAGACUCAAGCAGGCAUAUGAAAACAGCACAGCCAAGGUUUCUCUGCUGCUGCCAUGCUCUGUGCAGUCUGUUUCUUUCCAGCCAGAAACCGACAAUCGCUCUAACUUUCCCAGCGACAGAGCAUUUCACAUAUUUAAGAAACAAAGGGAUAUCUUUUAUGAACUGCUGCGUGAAUGGGAGGAUAACCAUGAAAAACCCGGUUGGGACUUUGAAAGAGUUCUGGGCAGCAAGAUCAGGGCCAUGAUGGCUCACCUGUCUGCAACCUGCAACCACAGCCAUUUUGCCAGGCUCUUUCAGAAGCAGCUCACCCAGAUGUGUAAAGAUCCUAUUGGUGGUGGUGUGAGUUGGGGAGACACCCCAGACCAGGAUGUCCUUAAUAUGUUGGGUCCUGAUAAUCUGAGCCGUCUUAAGAGGCUGCAGGAAAGAUUUGUAGUUCCUCAGAGCAUCAGGGGACCUUGUCCACCUCCUUCAUUCCCAGGGUGCCAGCAGUUCUUCAGAGACUUCAUCCUCAGCGCAGGAAGUUACCAGUUCAAUCAGCACCUGGUGGAUAGCCUGUGCCUGAAGAUACUUGAGCUAGAUGGCCUUACUCUGGUGGAGCAUGAGCACAGUGAUGGGGAAACAGAUAUGGAUGAACAGGAUGAAAAGAAGCGUUUCACUGUGGUGCUGUUGAGCUUGAGACUCCUUGCCAAGUUCCUGGGCUUCCUUGUAUUCUUGCCAUAUCGCACCGUGGAACAGCCAACUAGAGACCUGCAAGACACUGCAGUAGCGUUGAGGAACCAAACUUUGCCUGUACUGGACAUUUUGAAGCUUCUGAGACGAUCCAUUCAGAAUCAGCGUUCUGUCCUCACUAUUCCUUGGAUUGUGGAGUUUCUUUCCCUUGUGGAUCAUGUUGCUCCUUUUCUUGAUUACUAUAGGAAGGUAUUUUGUCUUUUGCUGCAGAUAUACAGGCUAAUGAUCCUUUCUGAAGAAAAAGAGAUGAGUUUCCUGAACAAACUGUUGAUCCUUGCAGUUCUGGGUUGGCUUUUUCAGGUUCCAUCGGUCCCUGAAGAGUUGUUUUUUGCCACAGAUGUCAGGCAGGAGGGAUUGGUGAUGGAUACUGUGACAUCUGCUCAGGCUUUGGACAAUGUGCCCUUGGUGGAUCAGCAGUUACUUUAUACCUGCUGCCCCUAUCUUGGAGAGCUGCGGAAACUACUUGCCUCUUUUGUGGCUGGUAGUGGAGUAAAAAAUGGUGGCUUUAUGAGGAAAAUCACUCCCACAGCUGCAGAGACCUUGGCACCAAAGACUUCCAUUACACAACGGAAACUGCAGGUAGAGCUGGAACAGGCCUUCUUCCACAACCAGCCUCCCUCUCUGCGGAGAACAGUUGAGUUUGUGGCAGAGAGAGUGGGAUCCAACUGUGUUAAACACAUCAAGGCAACGCUGGUAGCAGAGCUGGUUCAAAGGGCUGAAGUCAUGUUGCAGGAUAAAGUGAAGGAGGAGGAUGCUAAUCAUGAUAAGCUGCUUGAAGAGGUGUGCGGCCAUCUGUAUGAUGAAGGAGCCCAGGCACUUAUCAAAGGCAGAGAAUUUUGCAAGAAGAAAGGUCCUGAGGCGGUAAGGGUCUUAUUGCCGGAAGAAACAUCUGCAGCAGUUUUGAGUAGUGCGGAAGACAUUGCAGUGGAGCUGGCUACUGAGAAAGCCUGUGGCUGGCUUUCUGCCAACAUUGCAGCGCUGAUUAAAAGAGAAGUGAAGGCAACGUUCAACAGAAUGCUGAAAGUCCCAGGACUUCCCUUGCCCAAUGAGGAUGCUCGGGAGCUGAGAAGGGACUGCUCUCCGGGCUGUCUGCACCGUGCACCAUUUCCCUCUCAAAUAAUCAAUGAAAUUAAGGAUGUGCUCUGUGUCGCUGUGGGCCCACGGGAUGAAGGGGAAGUGAUUGACCCUGGCUGGCUGGAGUGCUUGCUGGGAAGACUGAGUCAGACGCUUAGGUGCAGAAAGUUCAUGUGUCCCACAUCAGAACAGCAGCUGGCAAAAUGCACAGUUGAGUUGGCUUCUUUGCUGGUUUCAGGUCAUGUUCCUCUCAGUCAUGGGAUCAAACCCCCAGAGAAGAGCUCCGAGAGGCUCCGAGUGAAGAAUAAUCCCACGUGCGACCUUCUGAAACUGCUGCUUUCUGUCUGGAAGGAGGACUUUGGGACACCUGUUCCUGUGCAGCUGAUGUUCAGCAGGAAGAACAUUGGCUAUCUUGCAGAAGCGAAGCAGCAAGAGUGGGAUUUGUUCCAUUUCAUCCUUCGUGGUCUUGUAGAAUGUGAACUAAUGAAAACCAGUGAAAUAGAGAGUUGCUUGCGUAGCCUUGAAGAGCUCCCUUGGCCUUCAGAUUUCUUAAAAGCUCUGGAAAGCGUAUCUGGUUUAUUUCUAUCGGAACAUCUUAUAGAAGAGCCCAGGAGUAACCCUUGUGACCUGACCAGGCAGUCUCUAGCAACAGACAGUGGUCUAACCAGGAAUCAAGUCAAGUGGACAAGUAGCUCUGUGAAGCAGAGGGAUUGCUUCCUGGUGACUGGCUCAUCUCUGAACUUAAUGUGAUUUCUUGCCAGGGGAGGGAAAAGGUAAACCUGUUCUACAAGAUGAGCCUGUAUUUAUUUUUCACUGUGAGCUCAAUUUCAAAGAUCUGAUUUUAAUGUUUUUAAGACUCAUUUUGGAAGUUAAAACAUAUUAAAUAUAUAUACACCAGAAUAUGUGCAACAUUAUUCUUAAAGGAUGUAGAUUGUUUUCUUCCACCUAUUGAUGGAGACAGAACUUGUUGGAGUUUUUCAUUGAAAUGUGGAAGAAAAUACCUGAUUAUAUUUUUUACUGAACACAAAUGAUGGCAGUAUUUUUAUGACUCUUUUUAUAGUAUGUGAACAUAAAUGGUAUGUAGCUGCUAUUCCUUGUUUUUUAGAAUCCUCCUUGCCUUGAGUUUGAGUUUUAUCAGACAGGAAAUACUUCAGCGAGUAAACUGCAGACUGGAAGAACAGACAAGAAAUUUAAUGGGAAAAAAAAGCAGUGCCCCUCUUCUGGAGAGCUGGUAUGAAAGGAAUCCUCUUUGUGGAGGGCACUGGGCACUUCCUGCUCUUGUGGAUAGAUUGUAAAGCCAGGGUGAAAGUUCCCCCUCGCCCACCAGGCAGUCUCCUUCAGCAGGAGUUUGUGCCUGGGACUGCUGGGGGUUAGCAGAAAAUUGCCUGCUCAUUACAUGGCUCAGAACAGUUUUUCUUUUCAGAGGAUUUUUUUUUCCUUUUAUGCAGGAGUCUGCCAUUAGUACAGCUUUUUCACAAAGCAGAUAUUAUGUUAAGACUAAUGUUUGGACAAAAUGAAGCUGGUUAUUUUGCUGAUUAACUUACCUUUCCCUUGUGUAAGGUGGAAAAAAGUAGCAUCCUCAGCUGAGGUGGAGGGGAAAAGCCACAACCAAAACUAACUAGGUAGAACAAUGGCAUCUGUUAAAAUAUGUGAUAGAGAAAUCACAGAGAGGAAGGUCAGCAUCUGAACUCCAUUGAGCCAUUGAGACUUUUAUUUGAUAGGGCACAUACCAUCUGUGUGCCUUUUUUUUUUUUCCCUUCUUUUUUUUUUUUUUUUUUUUAUGUUAGGGAUUUUAAGCCAUGACUGAGUCAGAGGUUCCUUAAAAGUAGGUGUGCAGUAUGUCUGGUAAAAGCAGGGUAAUGUGAAUUGAAAUAGUGAGUGUAGUGUAUUGUUUCACUCCUACUCCCUGAGGCUGAGCAUUAUGUGACGUUUUGCUGCACAACUCACUUGAAGUUGCUGUUUGUUAUAAUAAAUAUGAUUAAAUGUCCUGUUUUGUGUCCAAGCUGGUGAUAUAUAGCCUCUUUGUACUGGGACAAAGUACAAAAAGGUGCCUUGCCACAAAGCGUGGUGCAGAAAGCAUAUGGUAACUUCUGUCCCACAUGCUGCUGUUUUGCUUGUGCUGUAGUACUGCUGCUAUUUUGUUACUUUACAGGGGGGAGAUAGAUAGAGGGAGAAAAUGAGGUGAUGGAAAAGUGUUCAGUCUCUGGAACUGAAUUUAUUUGGGUAUCUAAAACUGUUUGUGUAGAUACUAUGGCCACAGGUGUUUUUAUGAACUCAGUCCACCUCAGUUAUCCUCCUGUAAUACAGUAUGCUUGGAGGUAUUUAUUUAAAGGUGAUUAAACCCGAGGACCAGUUUAUGACUGCCAGAGAAUAUAAUUGUGCCCCAUUGGGCAGAAGUCACUCUGUUCUUGAGUGCUGUCCAGCAGGUAAGAAACACCUUUGCUUCUGUUUUCUUGCAUUGUCAUGUCAUUAAUCUACAUAGUUUCUAGGUAUUUCACCUUCUUUAUCCUUGGUGGCUUUGGGAAGCCAGGCACCUGACUCUGCAGCCAGACCUUGCAAUGAAGCAUACAGUACUCUGGGCAAGUAGGAGACCUUCGUCUUCUAUCACAUGCUAACCUUUUUGGCUUCAUCCAGGUAAGUGUUCACUGAGUAAAACAAACACCUCCUCCAAUGUAAGUAUAUUUCCAGACAGCUGUUUUAGCAAAUACCACAGAGCAUUUUUUUUAUCUUGUGUAGAAAAUACAUUUUAUUGUGGAUAUGAAAAUAGCAAUCUUGAUUAAGAGCAGAGAUGCAGCAGCAGAUGGUACAGAUGCUUGAUCUGAUCAUCUACUGUUCAGCAGUAAUUGACAGGAAGUUGGGUUUUUUCCCAUUGUAGUUUAACAAAGUAGGUGAUGUCUGCUAGGUUUUAUUUCUUCCUUCCCAACAAACCAUUGCCAUACAUUAACAGGUACCAAAAAAUGUUAUAUUUGCAAAAGAAAACAUCCAUAUAAAUAGGCUUUUUAGUAUCAAUUGACAAUUGUAUUUAAAAAAAAAAAGUACAUUAAUACUGAUAAAAAUAAAAAUUAGCUUUGAGAGCAUAUAAAAAUGCUUCAAAACAAGCAUAUAUAAAUAACUUAAUUUGUAAACAUAGAAAAACCAAUCUUAUGUAUAUAUAAAAAUAAACAUCUGAUGUACUGUACAAUAAGACAUUAUCCUUCAUAGGCACUGGUUUCAUUGACACAGGAGUCCCCCUAGAUGUUUUUCCUACAAAAACUGCUUUAACUCUAGUGCCGUGUCCAAAAUAAAAGGGAAAAAAAGCAAAGCACUGAGCAAAUCUUUUGUGGACUGUCUGAAGGCCGCUCAUCUCCUCCUGCAAUCCCUGCUGGAAGCAGCACUGGUGACAGCCAAUAAAUACACCUUGCUGCACUUCCUGCUCACUUUUUCUAGGGCUUUGAUGUAUUACCUUGCUCAAGCCUCUUUGUUUUGUCUCCCCAAAAAGGUACGACAGGCAGCAAACCUGGACAUCUGCCUCUUGGUGCAGUUGCUGAGGCUGCGGAACAUGUGCAGUGCUGCAGGUGAAGCAUCCCCUGAUGCAGCUUGGCAGGCUGCUCAGAAAGGCUGAGCCUCACCCCAGGGGAAUUGUAACACACUGAGGGGUAACAUAACCAUAGCCACCUUGGGUAAACAAAAAGCAAAUUUAUAAGAAGUGAUGUGUUUUAUAACUCUUCCUGCUGUAGGUGGGCAGGGAGGAGCCUUGGACUGAUAUGCCUCAAAACUGCUAUUUUCUUAAAUAUAAAAUAGACACUGUCACUUCAUUUAAAACUUCUUACUAUAUUGAUGAUAGGAAAUAACGUAGAAGCUGAGAGCCAAACUUACAUCUGUGCAAAGAUAGAGUUAAAAAUAGAUUUUUGGCUCUUGAAGCUCUGGUGGGAGGCGCAGUGAGCAUGUGGUAUGCUGGGAAAACAUCUCUGAUCUGAAGUACCUACGCAUGUUCCAGUAGCAGAGAUGACUCUGGUAAGGUGGGUGCUUGUAUACAUGUUUUUCACUUGGCAAAUAUAAAAUGCAACAGCCAUGUGAACAAUGUAGGCUUCUUUGAGCUAAGGAAACAAUAUUAUAGUAACCUUUAUUGCUUAGAGAAGCUAUUUUAGGUGAUUCUGUUCUACUGCUGUGCUGAAGACCUACAUGAAGUUACUCAGAUACUUGAGUUGGUUGUGGUUUUGUUUAAUUUUAGGAACCUGUGACCAAACACUUGAAGCCUGACAAUAUGAGCAUUGGACAGAGCUCAACAGUGGCAAGAUGCUGCUGAAUAUUCCAUUUUCUUAACCAAUGCUAACUGGCAAGGAAGUGUGCUAGUCGAGCAAUGACCAAAGGCUGCCGCUUAGCGAUGGAGCUCAGGAGCCGAGCUGGGAUAGCUGGGGCACCCAGAUCCACCUGUACAAGAUCAUGAAAUUGUAGAGAAGCUGCUCCUACCAGAGGUUCUGAGGACUCGUUAAUGUUUGCCUGACUUGAACAAGCGGCACCAUGUUUUGGAUUAAAAAAUCAAAAAUCUUAAACCUGGAAAGAAUUACAGGAAUUGCUGAGAUUACAUUGAACAUCUCUGGCAGCACAAAGGAAAGAACCCAAUCACCCAACUCUCUCCUGUAUGCAACCAGUACAGGUUACUGCAUCUAUACCUGAAGUAAAACAGUGAUCAGAAGUCACUAUCCUGUAAACAGCUCCACGCAGUCCCUCCACGUGGCCUGUUUCCUGACUGCACCAAAUGUCAUGUUGUUUGUAAAAUCACUGUCAAGGUCAACGAGCAUCUGACCUUUGCUACAUCAGAAUUUGUCAUCUACAACCAUUAGCAUGUGUUUGAAGCAGCUAUUUCUACAGCAACAACUUAUGUACCAGAUUAGCAGACAGAGCAGGUGAAGCAAGUAGCUAAAUUCUACACAUCUGAUGGAGUCCCUCUAGAUUGAACAUCCAUUUUCACUUUCUUAGGAAGCAGCAGGAAAACCUGACUACAUAAAAGACCUGAGAUUCUCAAUAAUUGAAAAUACUACUGAUCCUUUUUCAUUCACCUGAGCAAAACAGAAUUCAGUUUGUUUUUGAUGUUUAUGUAAACAUAAUGCAGAUGAGAAUAACAGAAGAGAAGCAUGUACUGUUCAGUUACUUGGCAUGGUGCAAGCAAACUGAGUACAAGUUUUGUCCCUUCCAUGUUCUAAUUUUUUGAGUCUAUUUGAGACCUACAGAAACAAAUUACAAUAGGGGGCUCCAAGACCUGUUUGUAUUUGACUUGACUGCUAAGAUUUCAAUGAUCAUUCACGUGUACUUAUUUCUAUUUAAUAAAUGGUGAUUGAACUCCAGAAAAUA